CAUGCUACUGAGGCUAAGAAUGAAUCGGGGGCAGCACGAUGUUGCACAUUACAAUUUAUCUCUUGCUCUUCUGUGUGUAAUUUAACUUAAAAUGAAAUGAAUAAAAGAAAUGUGUGUUUCCUCGUUACAGCGAGGGUUCCCCCACUCCGGGCCCGGCCUGCCGAUGUGCACGAGGGACCUUCAUUUGACUCGCGCUCGUGGGGCGCUCAACGGACGGACCACUCGGUGAAUCGAAUGGAAUGUCACAGUGGCACCGGAGUCGCACCACGGACUGUCCGCCCUACUGCAGCGCACGAGCCUCCUGACGCUCUUCGCCCGCCGUCUUUGUGACGACAGUUUCUAGGUUUGGUUUAACUCUCCACCACCCCCGUCUCCCUCUCCCUCUCUCUCUCUCUCUCUCUCUCUCUCUCUCUCUCUCUCUAGUUUUGGUUUCCCUCUCCAACCCCCCCACCCCCUCCACCCUCGUCUCUCUCUCUUAUUGUCUCCAGGUGACCUGACUGGGCAGGUAAAGGUGGUGCCGUUGAUCUUGAAGACACACUGACUGCAGCCCCCGCCCAGCCCCGCUCCUUUCAGUGCAGGAACCAGCUCCUACGCGGCGUCUCUCCUGUCCCGUGCUUCUGCUGAAUGGGCCCGGACGGCAGGCAGAGUCCCCCACAGGAUGAUGGAGGGGAGCGUGCAGUUUGGCCCCCUGUGGCACUCUGGCCAUAACUUUAAAGAUACGGAAGAUCGACCCCGCAGAGGAGGGAGGUGUACCUGGCUGCAGCGGGGGCGUCGUCGGCUGGUAGACCAUCUCGUCCAGGUAGAUCAUCUCUUAAACCGUCUCGUCCAGAUGGAUCAGUUCUGAUUCGGGGGCCUGUCUGUGUACAGCAUGAUGUCAAUCAAAAAUAAGUGGACAGAAAGAUGGUGUGUGCUAGUCUAAAUGCCGACCCCUCUCCUCGGAGAUGAUUCUUCUUGUGAAAAGUUUCCAAAAAGUUGUGACGGGGGCGACGGACGGCAUUGGGAAAGCCUACGCGGAAGAGCUCGCUCGCCGGGGAUUUGCCGUGAUGCUGAUCAGUCGGUCUCAGGAGAAGCUGGACGAUGUGGCCAAGUCCCUCGAGAGCAGAUUCAACGUGGAGACCAAGACCAUCGCCGUGGACUUCAGCGCCACAGACAUCUACCCCAAGAUUGAGGCGGGCCUGGCGGGCCUGGAGGUUGGGGUGCUGGUCAACAACGUUGGGAUUUCGUACACGUACCCGGAGUUCUUCCUCAACAUCCCUGAUGUGGACAAUUUUAUCAACACCAUGAUCAAUGUCAACAUCACUUCAGUUUGCCAGAUGACCCGUCUGGUGCUGCCCCGGAUGGUGGAGAGGUCUAUGGGCGUGGUCCUCAACAUCUCUUCUGCCAGUGGAAUGUACCCAGUUCCCCUGCUGACCAUCUACUCCUCCACCAAGGCUUUUGUGGACUUCUUUUCCCGCGGACUUAACGCUGAGUACAAGAGCAAAGGAAUCAUCAUUCAGAGUGUCCUGCCUUUCUUUGUGGCCACCAAGAUGACUAAGAUCAGGAAGCCCACCCUGGACAAGCCCACCCCCGAGCGCUACGUCGCUGCCGAGCUCACCACCGUGGGGCUGGAGAGCCAGACCAACGGGUACUUUCCCCACGCCGUCAUGGGCUGGAUCACCGCCGUUCUGGCCCCCAACAGAGUGGUGCUCUACUUCGGCAUGAAGAUGGGCACGGCUCAGCGCGCUGGCUACCUGAGGAGGAGGAAGCAGCGCUAAGGACCGUCAUCCCUCCAGGAGGAACGGGGGCGACCAGGGGGAGGGAGUGAGGGGGGGAGGGAGAGCGAGGGAGCGAGGGAGGGAGGGAUGGAGAGCAAGGGAAAGGAGAGAUGAACUUGUAGCUCCACCUGCUCCUUUACUUUGACUACCAAGGACCAAAGGCAGUGGUGUCAGAGCUGUUUGGCUAAAUCUGUCUACUUGAGGUGUGUGUGUGUGCGCGCGUCCGUCCGUCCGUGUGUGUGUGUGUGUGUGUGAAUUUGCUGGGUAUGGUAGUGGGCAGAGGAGCAGGUUUUUUUUUUUUUUGUUUCGUUUUGGUGGGUAGUGUUCACCCUGGGGGGGGGGGGGGGAGGGGGUGGUUGGUCCUAUGAAAUGAGGACCAUGCCCAGUCAAUGACCAAUCAGAAAUCAGAAUGGUCAUAAACUGGCAGGGUAACCGUCUAGGGCAUCUACGAACUAUGAAUAAUUGCAACUAAUUUCUCCUUGGCUUGAAUUUCCCGCUUUAUAUACUGAAGAUGCUUGCAUACAACUUAUCCAGUGGUGAGCUUGUCUGAUAAUGGUGGCACAGCGUGGAGGGCAAAGCUUGGGUGCUUGCGGGAGGGUUCUUUUAUUAAAUGUAUUAUGGGUGAGCCUUUCUGACAGCAUGUUGGUCUGAUCCAGAGCGAGAACUAAAUUUUGCACAAUUACAAGAGUCUCACAAAUGAAUGCUAAACUCAAUCACUGCUACCGAAAAAAGGCUGGUUUGUAUUUUUUUUUUUUUUUUUACGUGCAUCUAAAAUAUUUGUGUGUAUGCGUGUGUGUAAAAUAAUGAACUGCUAAGGGGGUUGACUGGCAAACGCACAACACACUGAUAUCGGUCUCCAGUCUCCUGCCCCUGUUUCAUCUGCCGCUCCAAAGAUUGACUGGUGUGCUUGACGGGGGUUUUUGGUACUAAUGCCAGAGAUUCUUUACUCUUUCCUCGCAAUUUAAACUCACGGUCAUUUAAAAUCAUGUCGUACAUUAUGCAUAUAUUGGGGGUGUUGGUCUUGUUAAAUGAAUAGAGAUUCUGGUACAGAUGUAUUUGAUCUUGUACUACUUUGGGUUUUAUUUAUUAAAAUAAAUUUUUCUGAACGUGCGUUUGAGCCCUUGAGUUGAAACCUCGAAGGCCUUUAGCUGCUCGGUAUCUGGGGCUCAACAGCCCCUCACAAACUCGUCUUCCUUACCUGUGGGGUGGGGGGGGGGGGGGUUACUUUUUUAAAGCUGAACCGUGAGAGCUCCCCGCAGAUCCCGAAACCCCUGCAGAAGCCGGCCGGGGGGCGGUUCGGCGCCCCGUUCCUUGUACCAGAUCUCUAAAUGUGUUUAUCGGACCGGCGUCCCAGCGUCCCAGCACGGGGGUGGCCUGCGAACCCGUCCCUCCCGCCGCAGUGCAUGAUGGGCGCUCUGCGCGAGCGCCUCGGAAGGUCUGAGGGACCGGCGUUCGAACGUUCCCGAUCUCGGGAUGCCUUCGGGUCCCGUGUCCUGGCUGAGGUCGACCCACCUGUGUGACAAAACUGGCACUCCUUUUGAAAUGGUUAAUAAAGUUAUAUUCAGGAAAAA